CCUCUCCAGCCAGUGGUCAGAGACAAAGGAAUUCCUUUCAUCACAGAGUUAAAACAAUGUAGAGAUGGUAAGCAUAAAAAUGACAACAUUUAACAAUUCACUUUAACAGUUUGCUUUUUAGAAGUGUGAUCUUUUGCAGUAGAUUUGAUAUAAAAGGUCCUUUUCUCUUGUUAAAGAACGCUAGUGGUAUUUUGGUACAACAGACUUCAGGUUAGCAUGAUUAAAGCCUUCUGUUACUGCAAAGGUAUAAUGGAGUGAUUUCGCUUGGCCAGCUUGCACUGGUACAUAAACAGCUGUUAUAAUGAAUAAUGUAAACUCUGUAAAGUCUCUGUAAUGUCUGCAAUGUCACAUUAGGUACUUGAUAUAGGGGAAGCUAUGAGGAUCAUGGCCAGCGCCACUGUCACAUUUGUACACUUGCUAUUGUUCAAAUAUCUAGUGUGCAAUAGCUGUUGUUUAAAUACAGAGUCCCCCUCCUCUUUUCUUGUGAACAGACCUAUCCUCUCUGAGGAGCUAGCUCAACAGCCACGUCCACAAUGUUAUUAUUCUGGCAAAGUGUCACGGUCCUGGGUGUUUAACCCAGCAUUUGUUUUUUGGACUAGGGUUGUCAAUGUUAACUCAUUGACGCGGAUUAAUCCGUCGUCACGAUUUACAUGAUUAAAAUUUUAAAUGCAAUUAACCCAUCUGGAGCGCAUGACUCAAAAUCCCUGAAAUGUCUCUGUCAAAGCAUAUCGGGCAGUUUGUUCAUUCUGCGCUCCAGAUGGGUUAAAUGUGUUAAAAAUUUCAAUUGCGUUAAUCGCAUUAACGUUUACAGCCCUAGUUUGGACUUUGAUUCUAGUUUAUUUGAAAUUCUGAAAUUCGGGAUUUUGUUCCUAGUUUUGGUUUAUAGUUGUGAUCCCUCUGUUUAUAUAUGUAUUCUGUGUGAGCUCUGCACAGGCAACCAGAGCCUGUUGUGUGCCCUGCGCAGCCUGGUCCUGCUCCUUCUCCGCCAGAGAUCUCUGCACCUCUUAGUCCUGUUCCACCAUCACCAGGUUUCUGCACCGCCUGGUCCUGUUCUGUUCAAGGGUCCCCAUUUCCACUGGUGUCGGCCUCCGGUCCUGUCGGAGUCUUCGUCUGAACUCCUCCGUCUAGACUGCUGGCCACACAGUCAGCCCCCUGAACUGCUAGUUUUUUGUUUUGGACUCUUAUGCUACUGUUUUUCGUCAUGUUCCGAGUCAUUCACAUUUGUAGCUCAUUCAUGUUGAUGACCAGGUUUUGGUGAAAAUAAAACUUGCAAUGGCCUGCUUAGCUGCUAGUUUUACUUGGGACCUCCUCUUUCUCUCAGUAAGGGGAUGAUGAGACCUCUCUUGUGCAGGUGCCAGAUCUCUGUAGGGUUGUAGUUAUUAUUGUCCAAUUUGUAGUGAAUGUUAUGUGGAACUAUAAGGUGCUCGGGUGUACUGUGUGCAUGCAGCUGCUAAUGCACGUACAAAAAUCUUCAUAAAUAUAAAACAGCUGCCAAAGCUUAUAGAGCACUCUAUGUUUGGGCCCCAACUAUUCUGCACAGUACACCCAGCUUCCUCCAUAACAAGGAAAGGUGGAGGUUGGCAGAGUUAAUGUAUUUCUGCUUCGACUGCUGCCCCUCCACCUUUGCCUAGAAAGGUGGUAGAAAAUGAAUGGAUGCAUGGAAAAAUACCUACAUUUUUAAUGUAGAUAUGUCAACAUCAGCAAACAGACAUAGGUGAAUGUAAAUCAAAGGAUAGAAAAAAUAAUCCAUCAGGACAGCAAGACCUCAUGAAAACUCAUCAUGAAAACUCAUCUAAGGCUGUUACUAAUAGAUACUAAUAUUCUGUUUUAAGCCCAGUUUCAAGCUUUUUCACAUUGUGGCAAAUUGGAACCAUAGCUAUUGUCAGUUCCUGUUUGCAGCACACAACUGAAUACAGAAACUACUCCCACAUUACUUUCACACUAAGAAAAAAUCUCCCAGGUUUCAGGUCUAAAGUGUCUUUUUUCUAUUAGCUUGAUUUACAUGAUGAUACUGCAUCAGGUGAUGAUACAGCACAGAUAACAUCCUUAGAGAAUGAGUUAGUAAAACUCUGCAUCUCAGUAUGAGAUACAAACCCAUUAAUAUGCUGUUAUUGUUAUGAUAUACAAACACAUUCAGAUAGUCACUUCCUUUUUUCUUAUAUGUGCAUCACUGUGUAUAUAGCUUCAAAAAAACUGUCAGAAGUAAAUGUUAACUUGUGUGAUGUUAACUCACUUCCGGCAGAACUUACUGUAAAUGUAUCAAAAAUGGGUGUAUGUGAAAGAUUUUGUCAGAAAACAGAAAAGCAGCAAACCUGUUGCUGUCUUACAGCGUCUGUGUCUGACUCUUCUGGGCAUUUUCACCAGGAUGUGCGGUUAUGUAGAGAAGCUGCUUUUAGUCUCUUUUUUCUUGAUGUCAUCUUCACCUGCUGCAGAUGGUCAGAUCAGAUUAACUGGAUCGUCUAAGUCAUGCUCUGGAAGAGUUGAAAUCUAUUACAGUGGCUCCUGGGGAACAGUCUGUGAUGAUGACUGGAACAUUCAUGAUGCUCAGGUGGUCUGCAGACAGCUGGGCUGUGGGGCAGCAGUGGAGGCCACUUCAUCUGCUCACUUUGGUCAAGGCAGUGGACAUAUCUGGCUUGAUAAUGUGGGCUGCUCAGGAAGUGAGCAUUAUCUGACUGAGUGUCAGCACAAUGGAUUUGGGACACAUAACUGUGGGCACAGUGGGGAUGCUGGUGUUGUCUGUUCAGAUGUUCAAGUGAGAUUAGUUGGACCAAAUCGGUGCUCUGGAAGAGCUGAAAUUUAUUACAACAGUGCAUGGGGAACAGUCUGUGAUGAUGGAUGGGACAUGAAUGAUGUUCAGGUGGUGUGUAAGCAGCUGAACUGUGGGAUAGCACUGGAGGCCCCUGCAGUGGCUCAUUUUGGUGAAGGACAUGAACAAAUCUGGCUUGAUGAUGUGGCCUGUUCAGGAAGUGAAAGUUCUCUAACGGAGUGUGGACACAAUGGAUUUGGGGCACACAACUGUAGACAUGGUGAGGACGCUGGUGUCAUUUGUUCAGCUGGCCAGAUCAGAUUAGCUGGGUCCACUCGGUGCAUUGGGAGAAUUGAAAUCUAUCACAGUGGCUCCUGGGGAACAGUCUGUGAUGAUGACUGGGACAUUAAUGAUGCUAAGGUGGUCUGCAGACAGCUGGGCUGUGGCACAGCAGUAACUGCCACUCAGUCAGCCCGUUUCGGUCAAGGAACUGGACAAAUCUGGCUUGAUGAUGUGGGCUGCUCAGGAAAAGAGCGCUAUCUGACUGAGUGUGGACACAAUGGAUUUGGGACACAUAACUGUGGGCAUGGUGAGGAUGCUGGUGUUGUCUGUUCAGAUGGUCAAAAACCCAGCAUCUCCAUUAAUCCUGCUGGUGCAGUUACCUGGGGUCAGAAUGUUGCCAUCACUUGUUCAAUCUCAGCUGAUCACUUAAGUGGAACAUUUGUCUUCACGAAAACCUCAGGUUCGUUCAGCCGGAGUUUAACAUCAAGCAGCAACUCUGCUACCCUCAAUAUCCCUCAAGUAAACUUUGACAGUGAGGGAUUAUACCAGUGUCAGUUUCAGAGGCUUUCACAUCAGUACCUCAGCACACCUUUAAGUGAUUAUGUGAGGCUGUCUGUAACAGUAAUUCUACCAAAGCCCAGCAUCACCAAGAGCACUGAUGGUGAGGUUACCUGGGGUCAGAAUGUUGGAAUCCAUUGUUUGAUCUCAACUCAGCAUUUAGGUGGAACAUUCACUCUGCAGCAGAUCUCAGACUCAUUCAGGAAAAACCAAACAUCAAGCACAAACUCUUCUACCUUCAACAUCACUCAAGUGAAUUUCAAUAACGAGGGAUUGUACCAAUGUCAGUAUCAGACAAGAGUUUCAGGCCGAGAGUUCCACUCCCCACAAAGUGACUCAAUCAGACUCUGUGUUACUGUAAUCCUCCCAAAGCCCAGCAUCUCUAAGAGUCCUGUUGGAGAGUUGACCUGGGGUCAAGACGUUAGCAUCACUUGUUCAAUCUCAACUCAGCAUUUAGGUGGAACAUUCACUCUGCAGCAGACCUCAAGCUCAUUCAGGAAAAGCCAAACAUCAGACACAAACUCUGUUACCUUCAAUAUCCCUCAAGUGAAUUUCAAUAACGAAGGAUUGUACCAGUGUCAGUAUCAGACAAGGAUUUCAGGGCGGGAAUUCAGCUCCCCACAAAGUGACUCAAUCAGACUCUCUGUUAAUGGUAAGGAGGAACAGUAG